GGACGCCUCGCUCGCGCGUUAAAGGAGGCGCUCCUGGCUCGCCGGUUUUGGAGCCACAGCGCCGCUAACUGCUGCUCCUCCUUCCUUCCUCCUCCUCCUCCCCCAGCGGCGCGGAGCGCUUUCGCGCGGCUUUGCCUCCUCUUUCCUUCCACGCGACCAUGACGGCGAAACCCGGGCAAUUCUGGCACGAGGCGUCGCAGCAAAUCGUCGCCGGCGGCUCCGCAGGUAAAGGUUCCCCUCGCACAUAAGUGCUAGUCAUUGCCGACUCUAGGGGGCGGUGCUCAUCUCCGUUUCAAAGCCGAAGAGCCAGCGCUAUCCGAAGAUGUCUCCGUGGUCAUGUGGCCAGCAUGAUUCAACACCAAAGGCGCACGGAACGCUGUUACCUUCCCACCAAAGGUCUUGUAGAAAUUUGCCUGAUGCAUCCCCUCGAUGUGGUGAAAACCAGGUUCCAAAUUCAAAGAGGAAAAUCUGAUCCCUCUGGGUACAAGAGCCUUGGAGACAGUUUUAAAACCAUAUUCCGGACGGAAGGCUUGUUUGGUUUCUAUAAAGGUAUCCUCCCUCCAAUCUUGGCUGAAACACCCAAAAGAGCAGUAAAGUUCUUCACCUUUGAACAGUACAAAAAAAUACUUGGAAAUGUUUCUCUAUCACCAGCUUUGACAUUUGCAGUUGCGGGCUUGGGAUCCGGGCUAACAGAAGCAGUUGUGGUUAACCCUUUUGAAGUAGUCAAGGUUAGCCUCCAGGCGAAUCGGGAUGCUUUCAAAGAGCAACCAUCCACCUUUGCUAAAGCUCACCAAAUUAUUCAGGCCAAUGGGUGGGGUCUGAGUGGACUCAACAAAGGGCUGUCUGCUACUUUGGGACGUCAUGGAGUUUUUAAUAUGGUCUAUUUUGGAUUCUACUUCAAUGUGAAAAAUAUCAUCCCUGCCAAUAAGGAUCCAACAUUGGAGUUUCUGAGAAAGUUUGGAAUUGGGCUAGCCUCAGGAACAAUAGCCUCAAUUAUUAACAUCCCUUUUGAUGUUGCAAAGAGUAGGAUUCAAGGACCACAGCCUGUGCCCGGAGAAAUCAAGUACAGGAGCUGUUUUAAAACAAUGGCAACUGUUUAUAAAGAAGAAGGAUUUCUAGCUUUGUACAAAGGCUUGGUUCCCAAGAUCAUGAGGCUAGGACCAGGUGGUGCAGUGAUGCUGCUGGUUUAUGAAUAUGUUUACGGGUGGCUUCAAGAAAACUGGUGACCAAAACGUACUAAUUUCAGACUGAAAAUAAUGUAAAACAAUUCCUAUCAAAUUAAAAAAAAACAUGCAUCAUCA